AUGCUGAGGGGCCGGAGGAGGAUGGAGAGCAGCCUCGAUGCGCAGAGUUUGAUCAGUAUUUCCCUGCGGAAGAUCCACAGCUCCCGCACGCAGCGAGGCGGCAUCAAGCUCCACAAGAACCUGCUGGUCUCCUAUGUGCUCCGCAACGCCCGGCAGCUCUACCUGAGCGAGCGCUACGCCGAGCUCUGCCGCCGCCAGCAGCAUUACCCCGACGGAGCCCCGCUGCUCGCCAUGCCCGCCUGCGUGCCGCCCGCCGCCGCCCCGCCGGAGCUGGCGGGGCUCCCGCUGCCCGCCGACACGCAGGACCGCGAAGCGCGGAGCUGCCCGGUGGUGCGGGGCGGUGCGGAGCUGCUGGAGGUGCCGGUGUGCGCGGCACCCCCCGAGCUGCAGCGAGCGCCUUGCAGAGACUCGUCCCCGGGCUUCUACCGGGCCACCGGCAGCGCCGGUCCCGGUGGUGGUGGCGGCGGAGGCGCGCCCCCGGGGCUGCUUUACGCCGCCGGCUGUGACUUCGGGAGCGGCGGGGCCCCGCACUGUAGCAGCCGUACCACGGUGCUGGAUUUGGACACUCACGUCGUGACCACGGUGGAGAACGGGUACUUGCACCAGGACUGCUGCUCGCAGUGCCCCUGCUGCUGCCAGCCGGCACCGGGGCUCGCCUCCCCGCCGCCCACACCGGGCACCAAGCGCAAGUAUUACCCGGGGCAAGAGGAGGAAGAAGAGGAGGGGGUGGAGGAAGGGGAGCCGGGGGGAGGCGGGGUGGCGGGCGGCCCCCCCUUCGUCCCGUGCACCAAACGCGCCCGGUUCGAGGAGUACAGCGCCGAGCACCCCCAGGACUCUAACAACAUCUCCAACUUGAUCUCCAUCUUCGGCUCCGGUUUCACGGGGCUGGUGAGCCGGCAGCAGGCGGACUCGGAGCAGCCCCUGAACGGGCAGCUGUGCGGCAAGCAGGCGCUGGCGAGCCUGGGAGCCUGGACUCGGGCCAUCGUCGCCUUCUAG